CCCCUUCUCCACGCCAGGCAGAACAAUCCUCUCCCUCCAGGAACCAGCCGCAAUGUUUCAGUCUCGUGGAGUUCUAGCGCCCUUCCGGGCCCUAGAACGAGCCAUUGCGCCCUCGACCCUCCGCGUCGCCUCCUACUCUACCUCGAUCCUCUCCUCGCAACGACCCAUCCUCUCCGCCAUCACAGCCAACAGCACCACCGCCUCCUCGUCGACGACGUUACCGAGAACCAACACCACCCGCCUCCUUUCUCCCUCCACUCCCUCCCUCCUCACCUUCCUCACCCAGCAACAAGUCCGUCACGCCUCGCACGCCUCGCAAGGAACCGCGAACCGACACUCGCGCGACCCGGCCGGCAAACGUCUGGGCGCGAAGCGCUCGGCUGGCGAGUACGUGGUGCCGGGCUGCAUCAUCUUCAAACAGCGCGGCACGAAGUGGUGGCCCGGCGAGAACUGCGGCAUGGGCCGGGACCACACGAUCUACAGCGAGCAGUCCGGCUACGUGCGCUACUACUUGGACCCGGAGCGUCACCCGAAGCGCAAGUACAUCGGCGUGGUCUUCGAGAAGGACGGCAAGCUACCCACGCCGCGCAACGCGGUCACCCGCCGCAAGCUGGGCCGUGUGGCCGUGCGCUUCGAUCCCGCCGACCUCCCCAACCGCCAGCCCCAGGAGCAGCCGCAGUCGGCGGAUCUGGUGGCCGAGAUUACCGAGGAGGGCACGACGGUCGGCAGCGUGCCGGCUGCCGCGGUGGAUGAGGGCCUGCAGUUCCGCCCCGGUUACAUGUACCGUGAGGCCAACUGGUCGAUUGGUCGCAUCGCCGAGAGGGCCGGUGUCACCGCUGAUGUGCACAGCCGGAAGAACCGCUGGCUCGCGUGGCGGAGGAGACAGGCCCGCCGUGACCGCACGGCCCAGAUGAAGAGUUUGAAGAGACAGAAGAAGUCCGGGAGAAAGGCGAAGAAUUAAGCGGUCGACGGCUCAUGAAUGAUACGCUUGGGUCAUGCAUCCGCCACUUGGUCCGCUCGCCUUGCUUUGCUCGUUCGGCCGCUUGCUUGCUUGCUUUCUCCGUCCGUGAUAUGACACUCGGUCCUUUGCAUGCAGUGGCUGGUUCUUUUUCUAUUCUUCUUGCUCUCGUCUCUGGCAUUUGCGUACAGUCAUGGGGUUUACAUCGGGUGUUUCUCUUCCUAUCUCUCAAGUUUUCAUGUAUUAUAAGAUGUCUCCAACGUGUCUCUGUCCCUGUCUAUGUGUGCAAAUAGAAC